AUGAAAGUCAUCUUCCAGGCCUUCCUCUAUUGCUGCCUGGUGGCCACAGCGGCACAUUGUGUGGAACUUGAAGUGAAUCCCAAGUUAAAAAAGAGACUAAGCAUAUGGCUCGGGAGCAGACUCAGACGGGAUCUGAGCAGCGAGUCUGUGAAUGCUGAGCACUUUGUCAGGCAAGAUGACAGCAGGGAAAGCGUGCUGCCACAUUCCAGCACUGAAACCAACGUGCGAACCAAAAGGUCAAAAAAUUCCACCAACCAGUCCAGAAGGCAGGGUUGUUCUCUGGGGACCUGCUCAGUGCACGACCUGGCACACCGCCUGCAACUCUACAACAAUAAACUCAACACCGCACCACCGGUCAAGAUAAGCCCUCAUGGAUACGGCCGCAGACGUCGCUCCGUACCAGACCGCGGAGUCACGCUGAGGUUGGAGCAUGGCACGCUCAGGCCCGUUUGGAGAUCCACAGACUCACAAGUUCACAAGCUGGAGGCCCUGCUGCGACAGACAUGA